GGGUCUCCUCCCCUCACUGCAGCGCUCGCCGCGCUCGCGCUCGCCCAUCGAUCAGCCCCUCCCUCUGCCCGGGCGCAGACUGCUAAGCUCAGCAAGUCUUGCCGCAAAGGCACUUCGGAGCGCAGUUGGGCCCGGGGCGGAGCGGGGACUCCGCACCCGGGGGGACGAACGCCGCCGCUGGACGGUCGCCAGCGCCGCAUCCCUGCAGCGGAUCUCUGCCUCCCGUCGGGGACCGCGCAUCUCUCCUGCCGCGUCGGGGUCGCCCUCGGCUGUCCCCUCUGCCACCAUGAGAAACAUCUUCAAGAGGAACCAGGAGCCCAUUGUGGCUCCGGCCGCCACCACUGCCACGAUGCCUGUGAGACCCGCCGACAACUCCACGGAGAGUACAGGCACUGGAGAGGGCCAAGAAGACAUGUUCGCCAAGCUGAAGGACAAAUUCUUCAACGAGAUCAACAAGAUCCCCUUGCCACCCUGGGCUCUCAUCGCCAUGGCCGUGGUGGCCGGUCUCCUCUUGCUCACCUGUUGCUUCUGCAUCUGUAAGAAGUGUUGCUGCAAGAAGAAGAAGAAUAAGAAGGAGAAGGGCAAGGGCAUGAAGAACGCCAUGAACAUGAAGGACAUGAAAGGGGGCCAGGAUGAUGAUGACGCAGAGACAGGCCUGACUGAAGGAGAAGGCGAAGGCGAGGAGGAGAAAGAACCCGAGAACCUGGGCAAAUUGCAGUUUUCUCUGGACUAUGAUUUCCAAGCCAACCAGCUCACCGUGGGUGUCCUGCAAGCUGCUGAGCUCCCUGCCCUGGACAUGGGUGGUACCUCAGACCCGUAUGUCAAAGUCUUCCUCCUCCCGGACAAGAAGAAGAAGUAUGAGACCAAGGUGCACCGGAAGACACUGAACCCUGCCUUCAACGAGACCUUCACUUUCAAGGUGCCAUACCAGGAGUUAGGAGGCAAAACCCUGGUGAUGGCCAUCUAUGACUUUGAUCGCUUCUCUAAGCAUGACAUUAUCGGAGAGGUGAAGGUACCCAUGAACACCGUGGACCUUGGCCAGCCCAUCGAGGAGUGGCGAGACCUACAAGGCGGGGAGAAGGAAGAGCCAGAGAAGCUGGGUGACAUCUGUACCUCCCUGCGCUACGUGCCCACUGCCGGCAAGCUCACAGUCUGUAUCCUGGAGGCCAAGAACCUCAAGAAGAUGGAUGUGGGGGGCCUUUCAGACCCCUAUGUGAAGAUCCACCUGAUGCAGAAUGGCAAGAGGCUGAAGAAGAAGAAGACCACCGUGAAGAAGAAGACCCUGAACCCAUACUUCAAUGAGUCCUUCAGCUUCGAGAUCCCCUUUGAGCAGAUUCAGAAAGUGCAGGUGGUUGUCACUGUGCUUGACUAUGACAAGCUGGGCAAGAACGAAGCCAUCGGCAAGAUCUUUGUGGGCAGCAACGCCACAGGCACAGAGUUGCGGCACUGGUCUGACAUGCUGGCCAACCCGCGGAGGCCCAUCGCCCAGUGGCACUCUCUGAAGCCCGAGGAGGAGGUGGAUGCACUCCUAGGCAAAAACAAGUAGGCCACAGCCCUAGGGCCACACGC